AUCUCGUAUGUCCACUCUGUUCCGUCGACUCUUUUCUUUCCCACUCACCCCGUGGAAUCACCAGGUCAGACACGUCUCGAUCGGGUACAGGAAUAUGACUGGAAUCGCAGACAAAUACGACGCCCCGGUGCGCAUUGCCGUCAUUGGCGGCACGGGUCUCAAGAGCUUGCCAGGCUUCACCCACGUUGCGAACCUGAAUGUUGAAACUCCCUGGGGCAAGCCAUCUUCUCCCAUCUCCAUCCUGCACCACGCUUCGCCCAGCACCGGACACCCGAUUCCGAUCGCUUUCCUCUCGAGACACGGUCUGCACCACGAAAUCGCUCCCCAUGAGGUUCCUGCGCGGGCUAAUAUCGCGGCCCUCCGCUCCAUUGGUGUUCGAACCAUCAUCGCCUUCUCUGCUGUUGGCAGUCUCCAGGAGGAGGUCCGCCCCCGAGACUUUGUCGUUCCCGAUCAGGUCUUCGACCGUACAAAGGGCGUGAGACCCUGGACGUUCUUUGAGGGCGGCAUGGUUGGCCACGUUGGCUUCGCCGACCCUUUUGAUAGCACGCUGUCCAAGAUUGUCGCCAAGUCUGGCCACGCAUUGGAGGGCGACGGCAUUACCUUGCAUGACAAGGGAAUGAUUAUUUGCAUGGAGGGUCCUCAAUUCUCCACGCGCGCUGAGAGCAACAUUUACCGCAGCUGGGGCGGCACCGUUAUCAACAUGUCCGUUCUCCCCGAAGCUAAGCUCGCCCGCGAGGCGGAGAUUGCUUAUCAAAUGAUCUGUAUGGCUACCGACUACGACUGCUGGCACUCCACGGAGGAUGUCAACGUCGAGAUGGUCAUGGGCCACAUGAAAGCCAACUCGGAGAAUGCUCGUCGUCUCGUUGGUGCCGUGCUGGAUGAGCUCAGCAACGAGAGGCACAGCGACUUGGUCCAAGCGAAGCACCUGGAAGGUUCAAUGAAGUUUGCUGGUAGUAUGACCGGCAAGGAGGCACGCGGUGCCGACGCAUUGAAGAAACUCCAGUGGCUGUUCCCCGGAUACUACGACUAAAGGGCUGGUCCCUAGGUCCACUUGGCAUUGGUUUGAUAGAAUGAUAUAAAGGGUAGAUGCUUCGGGAUAAAUGGCUACUGGUAUAUACAGUCCCUUUCGUGUACUUCCAGCGAAGUACCUAUAUCUAUAUAGCGAAAUACAGGAAUAUUCAAGAAGACCUCCC